AUGGAUGAUGAGGGCCAGCUAGCUAUUUACAAACGGAGUUUGAUCCGAGAAAUUGAAAAUAAAGAGUACUUUCUUCAGCAGACGACAGAGCUGUUAGCAGAAUUGAGGGAAAGGGAGCCAGACAGUGGUUCAAAUGAAGAACCAAAGCUCUGGGAAGAGUUCUUGAAACGCCCCAUGUUCUUCCCAGAUAGGUCAGACCCAGUGGGUGUGAGUCUCGCGUUCUGCGAGAACAGAAACCGUUUGAAUUUAAAUCGGCAGUUCUUGGAGUCCAAUGAGUCCCAGUCGCUCACGAUGCUGCAACAGGUGCUUGAGAUACAAGAGUCUCUUAACCAGGGACUGGCCACCUUAUUGGAGCUCUUGAGUGCGAGGUUAACAGGCGAGAUGCGUCAUCAGAGGGCCUCGAACGAUGAAAAUGAUGCUCGACCAGAGAUUACCGACUCGAUCGAAACUCAAAAUAACAAGCUGUGGGACAUCCUUAAUCUUCUCGUGGGGAGAUUUGUUGCCGUAGACCUGUGUCCACCAGAUGCAGAUCCGCAGGCGAUCGCCAGUGAAAUGCGUGCCACACUAACGCACAUGAUAAAGAAAAGUGGAGUGGUUUAUAUGAAGAACUUCCAAGGACCGUCGUCCGGACUAUAUCGACUUUUACUUAAGGCUAAAUUGGUAAGUACAUCGGAAGACGGAGCCACUGUCAAACUCCAGGAUUUUUCGGAAGAGUUUUGA